AUGGCACAACGCUUCCUGACUUUGGAGGCAGCAAUUGACCUUUUGUUCAGCCUUCCCGAUGACGAACGCGAAGGUGCGUCUGUAUACCAAUUGCCGCCUGUUGAAGAUGGCAAUAUUACUGACCAGGAGCACGUGAACGAAAACGACUUUUCUGAAGUUGUUCCUGAUGAUGUUUGUGGGCACGUUGAGGUUAUGCAGUGCAGGGAUGAAGACGUUCAUUCACCUUCUGCAUGUUCGAGUCCCGAGCCACGACGAAAGAAACCAGCAGGGCGGCAAUUCACUGCUGGAAAAGGACGCAAAGCUUCAACGAACGCUCGUAAAACAAAUACUCCAAAACACUCCCAUACACCAGUAUGGGGUGACCAGGCCACGUUUGACAAAACACUUCCCAGCGAGACUCCUCCGUUGUUGCUAGAGGCAUUUCCUGAUCUUGCAAACAUGAGCCCAUUUAUGCUGUUCAGCAAAUUUAUUUCUCCGGAGUAUCUUGGUUCACUGGCUGAACUAACUGCAAGAUACGCACUCCAAAAGAGGGAGGAGGUGGACGUCACAGGAGCGGACAUAGGUCAGUUUUUCGGCAUCUUACUUUUCAGCUCGUACCACUCCGUUCCGUCUGAUGAGUCGUAUUGGAGCACUGCAGAAGAUCUUUAUGUGCCUAUAGUCGCGACAGUGGUGGCCCGCAAUAGGUUCCGGCAGCUGAAAAGGUUCUUUCAUGUUGUUGACAACACUCAGUUGAAAGCAGGCGAAAAAAUGGGCAAACUUCAGCCGUUUUACGACGGAAUCUCCAAAUGUUUCCGCCAGUUUGGAGUGUUCAAAGAAAGGCUCAGCAUCGACGAGUCAAUGGUGCCCUAUUAUGGCCACCACUCGUGCAAAAUGUUCAUUCGCGGUAAACCAUUUCAAUUUGGGUACAAAAUAUGGAUGAUGUGCUCUUCGAAGGGCUACCCCUAUGCGAUGUAA